AUCAUUGAGAAGAAAGGAAAGAGCCUUUAAAACCCAACAAAUAGCUUUGCCCCAUAUUAAAAAAUUCAUAGCCAUCUUCUUUUCUGGUGCUUGCCGCUGAUAUGGCAGCAAUACUGGCAUCACACAGUUGUUAUUCUUACAAUUUUGAAGUGGUGAACCAAGGAAGAACUAUGGGUACUCUCAGUUUUUCGAGCUCGAUUUCAAAUCAGUUUGCUAAGUUGGAGAGGCAAAUACGUAAUCUUCCUAUGGCAGAUAAAUCAUUCAGGUUUCAAGUGGAAAUGCAACAAACUGAACCAGCCCCAAAAGUAGGAGUCAAUGGGCGAGCUGUUAAAAUGGUGCCUGCGAGUGAGGUAGUAAAAAGAAAGGCUCCUGCUACUGGGAAAGUGGAGAAGGUAAAUGGUGUAAAGCAGGUUAUAAAUGGUGCUAGCAUAGUUAGGAGAAACAGCAGUCCAUCCCUUGUACAGAAGCCUGUAUCGAGAGUAUCUAAAGAACUUCCACCAUUAGAGGAGUUAAAGGUUCUGCCUUCAGAUGAAAAUUUCAGUUGGGCCAACGAGAAUUACAGUACCUUGCAAAGGACUAUAGAUGUUUGGUCUUUUGUUAUUUCUUUACGUGUACGAGUUCUAUUGGACAAUGCCAAAUGGGCAUAUGCAGGGGGCUUCACCGAGGAUAAGCAGAAAAAGAGGAGAAGGGAGACAGCCUCAUGGCUAAGAGAGCGUGUAUUGCAACUCGGUCCUACUUUUAUUAAGCUUGGACAGUUAUCGUCAACAAGGUCAGAUUUAUUUCCACGCGAGUUCGUGGACGAGCUUGCGAAAUUGCAGGAUAAAGUCCCUGCAUUCUCACCAAAGAAAGCAAGAGGCUUCAUUGAGAACGAACUGGGAGCUCCUAUCAAUGUACUGUUUAAGGAAUUCGAGGACCAGCCAAUUGCUGCAGCUAGCCUUGGUCAGGUACAUCGGACAGAAAAUCUGAAGUUAAUUGCAGAGUAUUUUCAAAAUAGUGAAACUCUUGGUGGCCCAACAAGAGAUUGGGUUGGUAUAUAUGAGGAAUGCUCGAUGAUUUUGUAUCAAGAAAUUGAUUAUAUAAACGAAGGGAAAAAUGCUGAUAGGUUUCGUCGAGAUUUUCGAAAUAUAAAGUGGGUCCGUGUACCUAUGGUGUUUUGGGAUUACACUGCUACAAAGGUGUUGACCUUGGAGUAUGUACCAGGCAUUAAAAUAAAUCAAUUAGAUGCAUUAGAUGCCCGGAGAUAUAAUCGUUCUCGAAUUUCAUCACGUGCCAUUGAAGCAUACUUGAUUCAGAUACUGAGAACUGGCUUCUUUCAUGCUGAUCCACAUCCUGGAAAUCUUGCCAUUGAUGUAGAUGAAUCAAUCAUCUAUUAUGAUUUUGGUAUGAUGGGGGAGAUUAAAUCUUUCACUCGUGAAAGAUUGCUAGAACUUUUCUAUGCAGUCUAUGAGAAAGAUGCAAAAAAGGUUAUGCAGAGCCUCAUAGAUCUUGGAGCCCUUCAACCCACUGGAGAUCUGUCAUCGGUGAGGAGAUCCGUGCAAUUCUUCUUGGACAAUUUAUUGAACCAGAGGCCAGAUCAGGAGGCUACUUUAGCUGCUAUAGGAGAGGAUUUGUUUGCAAUAGCUCAGGAUCAACCAUUCCGGUUCCCAUCCACAUUUACCUUUGUUUUGAGGGCAUUUUCCACACUCGAAGGUAUCGGGUACAUACUUGAUCCAAAUUUCUCUUUUGCAAAGAUUGCUGCACCUUAUGCACAGGAGCUUUUAGAUAUUAGACAGAGGCAGAGAACGGGGACACAACUAGUGCAGGAGAUAAGGAAACAAGCUGAUGACGCGAGGUCCUACACCAUAUCUAUGCCCUACCGAGUUCAACGAAUAGAAGAAAUCCUGAAACAACUUGAAUCAGGAGAUUUGAGACUCCGAGUCAGGGUGCUAGAGGCCGAGAGAGCAGCACGGAAGGCAACAAUUCUGCAAAUGGCAACCAUGUACACGGUACUAGGAGGAACCUUGCUAAAUCUAGGUGUUACCUUCAGCAGUCAGGGAAGCCAAAUUAUUGCGAAUGGAUCAUUCGUCGGAGCAGGAGUUUUCUUGACACUUCUUCUUAGGUCGAUGCAAAGGGUGAAGAAGCUCGAUAAAUUCGAGAAGAUGAUAUGAUUUUUAACCUCACAAGGCAAAGGAUUUCUUUCAUGUAAAUGC